AAGUGGAUUGAAAUGAUAUUAGGUGGUUAUGAUUGCUUUCUUUGAUUUUCAUCUCAUGAAUUCUCAUUCUGACUAGUCUGCCAACAUGAUUUUGAAACUUAAAAAAUGAUUCAGAUUACCUUUUCACAAGCCAAAAACAACCCAAGAAAUCUCUUUGAAGUCCCAAGAUAGCCGACUUUCCCAAAAUAGCUUCAAAUGUGACGUAAUCGCUGGGAGCCUAUUCUUUUUACCUUCUCGUCGUGGGUAAAUCAGGUACAUCUGGUGAUUCAUACAGGCACUCUGAAAUAAUAUGGUGCAUGGAAGAAAUUUUUGAACCAGAAGUUUGUGCGCGCACAGUACCGACAAAAUGCGCGGGGACGUGCAAGGUUUUUUUUCCUGCGCAAAGGUUUUUUUUCUUGCGGCGUUUGCUGUAGGGAAAUAAGUACGCACAGCUUUAAAAUUCUUUUUUGAGGUGGCCAGAUAAAACAAAAACCUCGGAGAAUGUUUUUCUUUUUUUUCUUAGCUGACGGGAGCUGCUUUCCAGCCUUUUCAGUCCUUUCUCGCAUAUUUUACAUCUCUUGUUAUGCUUCCUCAAUCCUUUUAGACAUAUAAUUGUGGAUUUCCCGAAUAAAAUUUAUUUAAACAUGGAUAAAGAAAGUGAUAAAAUACUCCUUGUGUCACUGGUAACGAAAUAUGACCUUUUAAUAUAUGUUUGAAGGCCAAUGUUUUCAAUAUCCAUGUACCAAAUUGUUCAAAAUCCAUGUACCAUGUUUCCAAAUCUUGGAAAAAAGAUAUAUCUCAUCCCCCAAAAAUUGUUAAAAUCAAAACAACUGGACAAUAUUUAGCCCAUGAGUGUACUAACGAAGGCCAUAAAAAAACACCCUAGGGGCCUUGUGUGCGAGCAGCGUCCAAAUGAUUUUAGAUGUCGCAGAAUUUCCUUUCCCAACCCACUGAUAACAUUUAAUGACAUUAGUACGCGAAUCCGAGUGGUAUUGGGGAUUGAUUUGUUUCUUUGAGUGGUGAGAUUUGGGAGGGAAGAAGGUGGAGGUAAAAAUAUGGGAGAAUUUUAAGGGCCAUUUCAUUUUAGAAAAACACCAAUAAAAUAAUAAAUUCACUACCUUCGUCUAAAUUUGAGAAGUAAUAGCAAUGUUUUCGAUUGAAUUUGCAGAGUUAAAAGUUUUACUUCAAACAUUCACUACUAUCGUCUGAUCUUGAUAAGUAAGUAAUUGCAAAGUUUUCGAUUGAAUUUGGAAGACUUUAAAGUUUUAUUUUUAAAUUGUUAUUUAUUUAUAUAUUUAUUUUAUCUCAUUAAUUUCCCUUCCAAUAAUAUUCUCAAAUGAUUUAAAAAAGCGUGACUUAAAAAAGGGUUUGCGUGCAGCAAGAGUUUAUUGCAUCAAAUGUACGCCAAGGUAUACACUAAUUCAAAAACAAUAUUGUCAGUGCAAAUGGCAAAUGAAAAAUGGCAGUUCUUAGACUAGGUACUUAGGGAUACUAGCUGUUCGUAAGAAUAAAGAUGAUAGAUAAACUACAGCAAGGAUUAACGGGACAGUUAACGUUUCGAAUUUCUAUAACCAUGUGUUUUCUUCGAAUAGCAUACUUUGUCUGAAUAAUGUAACAAAAAGCUGAUCAGGAUCUCUGUAAGGUUUACGCAGGGCUUGAUCCCCAUGUGCCCCAUCCCCCCACCACCAAUAUUUUCGAAAAUUAUGAGGAAAUAACCAAAAGGGGCGUGGCUUUGCGACCCAGUAUUUUCUUAAUAUUACUGUAUUGUGCCUCCCUAAUUUUACGUGGCGUGCUACGGUUCUGAUGAUAAUGUGGUUCAUAAAGCAUACAUUUUGUUCACUGACUUUCGUGUCACAUGUGGUAACGGUGCUGGUAUUCGGGGCACGUGAGAGAGCCUGCCUGUAUUACAUAACAAAAUCAACAGAACACAACCGACCAGUGCAUUAGUGCAAUAUCGGUAGAAAUGAACAUACCCUUGCACUUCUUUCACACUUCCGAAAUAAAGAAAUACAUAAAACUUGUUAGAAAGGUGUUCGAGAACAUGAAAAAAUUUGCACGUAUUUGCUUGCGUUAGGCAAGUUUGUUUUAGGUUUGUUUACAUGCUCUAAAUCGUUAGCUGAAAAAGGGUGAAUGCUGAAAUGUAAUGGUAUUACGCGAAUCUGAGUGGUAUUGGGGAUUGUUUCUUUGAGUGGCGGUAAGAUUAGGGAGGGAGGAAGGUGGAGUAUAAGGUGGAGGUAAAAUAAGGGAGACCUUUAAGGGUCAUUUCAUCUUGGAAAAACACCAAUAAAAGAAUAAAUUCACUACUAUCGACUGAUUUUGAGAAGUAAUUGCAAUGUUUUUUUCUUUAAUUUUGUAGAGUUAAAAGUUUUACUUUUACAUUCACUACCAUCGUCUCAUCUUGAUAAGUAAUUGCAAAGUUUUCGAUUCUCUCUUUCCCUUCCAAUAAUAUUAUUAAAUGAAAAUUUUUUAAAAAGGUGUGACUUUAAAAAAAGAAGAAAAAAUAAGGGUUUACGUGCAGCCAGCGCCGUUUUUAAAGUUUAUUGCAUCAAAUGUACGCUAUGGUAUACACUAAUUCAAAAACAAAACUGUCACUGAAAACGGCGAAUUACAAAUGGCAGUUCUUAGAUGAAAGGUACUUUAGGGAUACUAGUUGUUUGUAAGGAUAAAGAUGAUAGAUAAACUACAGCUAAACUACAGAUAGAUAAACUACAGCGACGUCAAGAUCAUACAUCAAAGGUAAUCAUUCAUAAAAUAAUAAUUGGUCAUAUUCUCUUGCGCUUGGUGGAAAUAUAAUGACCAUGGUACCAAGCGCCAUUUGCGUCGUUUUUAGGGGUGAUGUUCUUCCUAAUAUUAAAGUUUGCUUUAGGCUAGGUUCAUGUUUGCCUAUACGACAGGUACCAAAUAAAUGAGUAUGACGCACUUCUAAAGAAACAUAACUAUGCUCAAUUUGUAAAUAUCGUGCUUUGUACAUGAGUGGGUUAUGUCUCACUUUAUAUCUAAUCAAGGCAUAUGUAUUCCGAUAUAUCCUUUUCCUGUGCCCCGCGUUUUAGGGCUAUCAGCUAAGGGUUGGACUACAGAAAGAAAUGUGACUAUACUUUGUACUAUAAACAAACAUAAUAACUUGAAAGACAUGCUCCAGUAAUGCUUAAAUAACACACUUGUUUACUAUUGUAAAGAGAACUUGUAAACUAUUUCUCGUUUUAUUACAUUUCAGAUUUCAAGCAAUAGUACUUUGAUGGAAAAUAGUAAGCAGAGUUGAACAAGGUCCUAGAAUAACAUGAACAAGACAGUGUGUGGUGAUACGACGCGAAGAACAGACGUUAUGGCAAACUCUACCAGAAGCAACUCGACUGACGACGAAGGGAUGGAACAUGGGCCUCCAGGAUUCCAACUCACGAUGGAUAUGGGCUAUAUCCUUAUGGCAGUUGUGAUUAUUUUUCUUAACACAACUGUCUUCGUGCUGAUGAAAAUACGAAGAUCGCUGCAUACUACAUCCAACUAUUUUCUGUUGAGUCUAGCAGCAUCGGACUUGAUAACGGGGUUGUAUACGAUUCCCGUAUUCAUCGCUUGUAAAGCAACGUUCCGCAACGACCUUUGCCAGGCAAGCGUUCCCGUCUUCACUUUCACAUCCAUCUCCAUCUUAUCCCACAUCGCAGUGAUAACUCUAGACAAAUACAUCUACAUCAUCUACUCUCUAAGGUACGCAUCCCUUGUGACAGGAGAAAGAGGACGGCUUGUCAUUCUUCUAAUCUGGGCACUAUCUUUGCUUGUCGCUUUGAUACAGCUUGUUUGGAAUACACCAGGAGAAGUGGAAGUUACCGAGGAAGGCACUGAUGAUUGGAAAAAGAAAGAACAUGCGUUUUCUAUCUCAUUACUCCUUCUCCAUAUUAUACCGUUCCCCUUCCUUGCGUUUGCAUACAUACGCAUUUUCGUCCAGAUUCGCCGACAGCAUAACUUUAUUCGUUCAAACAUCGGGCCAGGGAACAGAGCAACUAACACUCACGAGCUGCGAACAGUAACCGUUUUUAUCCUUAUGCUGUGCGCGUACCUAUUCUGCUGGCUACCUAACGCUAUCGUACGAUUCCAGUACAGCACAGACUGGUUUGAGCUCCCAAUAUGGGCCGAGAUACUCAUCGUUCACUUGCGCUUUCUCACCUCUCUACUGAACCCUCUCUUUUACGUGUUUGGAAAGAAAGACUUUCGUGGCGCCAUCAGAUGCUGCUGGUUGCGCCGAGUUUCGAGUGGCGCUCUGGAUUCUUCGAGUAACCAGCGCUCGCCUCUACCUGGGGUCGUACAUCUUCAAGUGAGGACCGGAGACUCCUCUUUCGUCGAGUAUAGCUCACGAAGUGCAAGUUUUAAUCUCAGCGUUUAGUUAGGAGCAAUAUAACUUACGUGUUCGUGAAGUGCAAGUUUUAAUUUCAGGAGCUAUCCCUUAGCUUAUGUAGUUCACUAAGUGUAAGUUUUCCUGCGGUUUCUUAAAGUCUGCGAACACGUCGACGAUUUCCAAGAGCUAAAUCGCAUUCAUCAUUAAAACCCUUGAAGCUUGAAUUGGUCAACACUGCAUGGUUUCCAAACAAACCACUUCUCUUCGCAGUCAAUCAAAAAGCACACAAGGGAGGGAGCCAGACAGGGGUAUGUGCGGUUGGGAAUUAUCGAGGACAGUUCGCAGAAUAUUGAAAGUUGCAAUAAUUUUAGCGUUAAGGAGCUCUUCCUCCAUCUUACAUAUCUCACGAACUGCUUGUUUUAAACAAAGCGUUAAAGAACUUCUCAAUUUAGUCUACGUUGUCGAGGAGUCAAUCCUUUGAUAGAGGAUUGUUUGAAUAUUUUUUAGAUCAUUUUAUCAUACACCCUAUGAUAGAUAUGUUUUAUUUAUAAACCAUUUUAAACAAAGACUGUGAGCAAUGUAAUUAACACAAGGAAUUUGUGAAGCUUAAACAAUAGAGCACAGCUUACCUAGGUUAUACACGAUAACCUUUCUGUAAUUUUCUUUCGUUCGUUUUCUUACCAUAAUAAUCCCGCGUGAGCCCCUUCACAGACUUCACAGUUUUUUUUUUCAUUAUGAACAAAGCGUUACAAGGCAACCAAUUAAAAACGCGGUUCAAGUUGGCUUCAUUUCGCGUGUCCAAGUUGAUCAGUGGCAAUACCACCAGCACGUGUAUUCAAUAAACGUGUAUUGAAUAAACGUCUUUCAUUAAGUGACAGUUGUAUAAAACUAGUAAAAUAAUAAUAAUAAUAUCGCGCUUUGGACAUUUCUUUUGGAAUGACAAACCUAAACUUAUUAAGAAAAAAAUUGAUCAUCAAAUUAUUAUCAUAACGCAUUCUUUAUACUUCUUCAUAAGACGACAUUGUUGCCAUACAUUAAGUGUCGUUGUAAAAUUCGUGGUGUGUCAAGAAAACUGAGCGGCUAAUAUAAAGGUACUUUACUCUUAGAUAGUCUUUAGAUUAAAAAGCAUUGCUAAUUUAGCAUAAAAGCACAGUUAAGCCUUUAUUCUAAAAGACUCGAUAAUUGUCAUUUUUUACAUCGAGUAGUACGCGACAUUUUUAAUUAAAAAAAACUUAUGUCGACGUUCACAUAUUAUUCUUCGCAAUAAUAAAACAGUUAAAGGAUUUUUAAAUCUAAUUUAUCCAGAAUUUUUGUAGAUUAUCAUUGAGACAAUUUUUAGGUAAAUUUAAUAAAGGUUUGCACUGGGAAACUAGUGAUAAAAAAGAAAAAAUUAUUUAUCAAUUCAAAAACGCAAGCGCAAGUUUGCACGACUUGCCAGCCAUUUAUACACCAUUAAUUGUAUUUUUGAAAACUUCUUCAAAUGACACAGCAGAUGAUUUCGCAAGCAUCCUCAGAAGUGGCGGUGCUUAUUUAGAACCACAUAAUGCAUUGUUCAUAAUUAAUUAUGCCAGUGAUUAAAAAGACGGUAAACGAAA